GCUUUUUAUUUUUAUUUAUUGGCUAGCCUUGUUUCUAUUUCUUGCCCUUUUUUCCUAAUCUUUCAUCUUCAUCUUUGCUUGCUCCAUUCCCUGGUGCUCGUUCAUUUCUUCCUCUUGGCUUGUUCAUUCGCUGUUGUCCAUCCACGGUCGUUUUUGUCUGAUUUGAACCAGCAACUCCGACCCCGUUCUUGUCUUCCAGCAUCAGCAACUCGUUCAUAUAAAACGUUGUAACGCCUUCACUCCAUCCAGCUUAUUGCGUCUCCCCCUUCCUCUCAUUUUCUCAAUUCACUCAACCUAAAAAAGGGUUCUAUUUACGCUCGUGCGAACCAUUUUGUUUGUUGGACAACGUUCAAAAUUAAAUUCACCAUUUUCAUAGCCCACCGCAACAUUGGCUAUCGAAAAUCAAAAAGAACAUGGGUCAAUUAUUAUCGAGCUUGAACCUUCGUGGCGGUGAUGUGACGGUUCGAGAACUCGGGUUCGAUAUUGAAAAUGCCACGCCAUCUUCGGAAGAGUUGGAAUUGUACAAUCAACUUUCAGCUCUGCUUGUUGAACCUAGCGGCAAACUAUUGAACAUGCUCCGAAACUAUUCACCGGCAUCGGCUUUUGUGCGUGAAGCCAUUGCUUCGCCAACCCCGGAGCACGAGAACAAAGCUUGGGAAGCCGUCUUGCCUUCCGUCGAAAUGCUUCGUGAAUUCUAUGACUAUGCUUCCGAACUCAAGGAAGGCAUUCCGCGACUGCUUAACGUCUUGUGCCAGGAAAAUGGUGCAACUAUGCAGAAACACCAAGGCUUGACCAAACUUUUUGCCGACAUUCUCGAUUUUGUGUUUGAAUUUGAUCAACUCAAAAUGCGAAGUCCAACAUUGCAAAAUGACUUUUCGUACUAUCGUCGUAUGCUUCAGCGCGGACGAUACAGUUCAACGGGUAAAGCACCGUCCGUAAGUGGCGAAACGGUAUCGGAUCUUCGUAGUGCCAUGAUCGAGGACGACCAAGCGAAUCACAUGUCACUUUUCAUUGCGUAUCCUACACCUAUGCUGAAAUGUGUUAUUGACACCAUCACCGAGUAUGUCACUCAACACCGUCUGCAGAAAAGCAUGGGCGACCGUCUCGCUGCUUUGUGGUCGACCUGUUUUCAAACCGUAAACAAGAGAAGAAGCCAACGAUCCGAGGUCUCCACGUUUUGUCUCAAAGUGAUGGUGGUUUCCAUUAUCCUCUACGAUCACAUUGACCCUCACGGCGCGUUCUCCAAACAUUCCCCCAUUAAUAUCAAAAACUCUGUAAAAAUAAUCCAAACCGUUCCCAAUAUUCCCGCGGAAUCCAGUUCAUCUAAUCUCAUAUCAGCAUUACGUUACAAUUCGAAACAUCUCAAUGACGAAACGACUCCAAAAGGCGUGAAAAAUAUGGUCAUGGCCGCUUAAAACGGUUCGUCUCGUAUGCUGGCUUGCAAUCUACAUUACCUCUUAUUACUCUUUCUUGUUCGAACUAUUCAACCAUAUGAUUAUGAUACCCUUUUUGGUUUUGUUUCCUUUCUUGCUCGUAAUUUAAUUCUUUUUUCUUUUUUUUUUUUCUUUUUUAUUCGCAUUGUUUGUUGGUGGAUGAAUUUUGGACAUCAUCAAUAACUGUUUUGUAAUAUCUUUACGCUUUCAACCCAUAUCAAAUAAUGAGCCGGGAUGAAUCAAACAUCAUUUUUUUAUGACAUGUUUGUUUGCUUGAAAAAUUGCGCUUUUUGACUAGGUUUGUUUUUUUUUUGUGUUUGUUUUGAUCGCACUUAAAAUGUCUCCAUGGGAUAUUCUGUAUCUCACCGCUUUGUUCCCUUUUUUGUGAAUCUCAUGGUGACAGUAAAGUAAAGAAAAAGUAGAGACAGCUUGGAUCUAAUUGCAGCAACUAACAGGAGAGUAUGACUAGG